UGCGUGCGUCUCAAGGGCAGAGGAAAUGAGGAAACUAAUGAAGACUCCUGCCUCUCCUCUCUCAGUGUCUGUCCACGGACUACCCUGCUUCUCCACCGGUUCUGUUCUAGCUGUGCUGCCGUGUCAGUGGAUGGUGUUAUUCUAGUCAUAUUCACAAGAGGAUAAAAAAUGGGAAGAUGCGCCUAGAGGGGGAAACGUCACAUUUUCAGAGGGAGCGACACUGUGGAGAGACUGUGACCGAGCCAGGGAGCGGAAUAUGCGGCACUGUCCAGCUCUGCACGUCGGGCUGAAUCGUCGGAUCUUUACCGGAUAAACGUGGAUAAACGUGAUGGGUAUUUGUUUACAGCCACAUUGAGGAUUUUAUGAUCGCACCACGUUUCAGCGGGAAUCUGGAUGAUCCUCCAGUCACGUCACACCGGACCCCCACACCGGUUUAAUGAGCUCAGGACCUGACCUAAAAUAAAUAUAGGCAGGCAUCUGUGAAACUUUAAACAAGUCUCAUUGGAAUAAAUCUGGAUUUUAAGUUAGUGGUGCCACAAUCAGAUAUUGAAUAAUUACUUGAGAGUGCCUGUUAAAAUUAGUGGUGGGAUGGUUAUUUUAGACAUCAGCCUACUCCAGUGUCUGACUAAUUAAAGUAAUAGUAGCCUACGAACUGUCACUGUCAGAGUGUAGGUUGGGAACUGACUCCUGCUAUACUUCAGACCAGGCUGAAAAUAUUCCUCCAGCAAUGAGGAUGCCACCCUGGGUGUCCUUUCAGGGAAGGGAGACUGGAGAAUGAAAGACAUAUUUCUGCGUCUCUAAUCGGACACAGAGGACAGAGGACAAGCCAUCUUUUUUUGGAUUGGUCCAAAAUAUUUUUUGCGUGCCCCUUGGACUCCUACACAAUGGGGAUUAUGCUUCAAGUUAUUCUAGGAAUGUUUCAAUUCCUGCUGCUCACCAGAAUACCGACUUCCCAUGCCAAGCUUGCUCACUGGCGGCCAGCAGACUCCCCAAAAUCAAGGGAAGGUCGAGAAGUGCGGAGGUGGUUGGAGGUUUAUUCCCGGAGCGGCUGUGAGCCUCGGGACACUCUGGUGGAGGUUUGGCGGGAGUUGCCAGGGGAGACGCACCAUCUCUUCGUCCCAUCCUGCGUGUCAGUGAGGCGAUGUGGUGGCUGCUGUGCUGACGAGGCCCUGGAGUGUGUUCCCUCGCUCACGCACACACUCACCAUGGAGCUGAUGAGAACCUCCUUCAUGAAACACGAGCUCAUUGAGCUGCCGUUCGUCGAGCACAGCCAGUGUGAGUGCAGAUUAAAAGAACAAUUCCAGCCAACACCGACAAUAAGGCCCUAUCUGAAGCCGCCAACAACAGACAAGAAAAAGGAGAGAGGAAAGUCCAGACAGAAAACAAUUGGAGCCAUAAGAGCUGCGACCCAUGCACCCCCAUCUCUUCCUCCCCCAUCCUCUCCUCCUCCUCCUCCAUCACCUCCUCCAACACCUCCACCCACCAGCCUCUCUCCCUCUCCGUCGCCAUCUCUGAGGCCACGUUGCCGCCCCUGCAGAGGGAGGAAGUGGGCACUGGAUGCGACGUCUUGUCAGUGCCACUGCACCAUUAAACCUGAGAACUGCAGCCGGAAAGAUCGGAGGCUCAACCCUCGCCGCUGCAAGUGUGAGGCCAUGAGGACUUGAUGUGUCUCCUCACUUCCUUUUCACCUCCUUCUUUCCACCAACCCUUGUCGAUUCAUCUACCACUCUCAGCAUCAGUGCCAUGGAGCAUACAGGCGCUUGGACAUCCCUCUGACUGAAGGAAAUACUAGCCGAAGCAUACACAAGAUCCUGUAGUGGGGCUCUUAGUUAAGCAACAAGUGCAGCAUUACAGCCUGAAUAUAGAUCUACGUGUGUGCGUGUGUACAUCUGCUCUCCUCUGCUUCUGUGGCAAGUCCUCUGUCAGUCCACAUGUACAGACAUGUAGAGUCACAAAACACAUCCCAUGAGUGGAGGGAUGACGUGGCAGCUUAAGGCGACUUUGAGAGAGUGGUGGAUUUUAGACAAAACAUUCCAUGGUGGACACAGUCACACAUGCUCCUGCUCUGCUGUGGUUUAGAGGUGCUUUAAAUCUGCAGUUGACGUUAUAAAAACAAGAGAAUAGUGCGAACACAUGAACACAAGAACAUUAUAAAUAUGAAGUGGACUGACACAGUUGUCCUAUUUGUUGACGCUUCAGUGGAAGCUGUGAUUUGUUGUUCGCAGGAAAACUGCACAUGGAGACAAAUUCCAGGCUGAAGCCAAGGCCAGUUUUUGUGCAGAGGUUUUGAAAAACAACGGCGACAGAUUAUAGAUGGACACAUCCACACUUAGACAUACCAGAAGGACAUAGGACAUGCACAUAAACUGGCACCCCAGUGUGCGUGGACCUAUAGUUGAGCUGAAUGCUGGGAUGGAGAGUAUCUGUGUGGUCUCCCAACUGAAAGCCCCAGAUGGGAUAUCCCUGCAGCCGUUCCCUCUCAUUCAAAGCGCAUGACCACGGGCUGGCUCUCCAAGCCGCUUUCCGGCAUUUGUUUAAUUUGGGCCUUUUGUCUCCAUCUUUCCUCGGCUCCUCGAUUGAAAGCAGCCGCUUUGCCUCUCUUUGCCUCUCUUUGCCUCUCUUUUAGGCAGUGAGGAGAAUGACAAUAAUGAGGCCUGGCGGCUCUCCACUGCUUCACACACGAACAUUCACACUUAUAAUACCAGGAACACAGACAACACUGCAAAUGUAGACACACACAGUCUCACUCACUCUGUGCUAUAGCAGGCACACAUUCAUAUUUACACACACACACACACACACACACACACACACACACAUACACACAUUUACACGCAAUGUGAAAUGAAUGCAGGUAGCCAGAAGCAUUUGUUUGUGCCACACCAAGUGUGCAGAUAUAUGACAGUUGUUUAUAUUUGCAAUUUACUGCAAAGUCUUCAUUUAAUAUUGUAUUAUAUGCCUCUGUUUUAUAUUUUAUUAUAAUUCUGUCACAUUGAUUGAAAAGAUAUUCUAUAUUGCAGAAUGUGUCUUUGUUUUGUUUGUUCAUCUUUAAUCCGUCUGCAUAAAGAGUCACGCUGGGUGGCCGGCUGUGUAUACACUGAGCAUCUAAACCGAUACGCAAAUGUAUUGAAUUUAAACAGACGCAGCUCACACUGGCCACAAAUGGGAGACUAUAUACAUUAUAAUGUGUUAUUCAAACAAUCAGCAGGGCAGUGUUGUCCGCAGCACACAGAAACCAAGCAAAUAGCUGUUCCCAGUGCAGUGAAAGGAAAACAUGGCUGUUUUUGUUGCAUGUUGGAGCCGUGAUGGAAAGCGUAUUAUUCAUUUGGAACAUAACUUGUUUAUAUUCUGACCGAAUCUCACGGUUUAGCUCCAUGUUAGUUCAUGACUGCCUGGCCGCUGGGUGGGAACAGAGAUUUGAACUGUGACUGUUUCAGAAAGGACGAGGUCUUGAGCAGCUUGUCAGUCAGCAUGACGGGCGAAAGCCAGAGCUCAGAGGACCCAUAAUGGCGGGUCAUGGAGUUUAAACCUAUUUUUGACACUCAUUCAGAGCUUCUCUCCUGCGCUAAAUUUUACUAAGAACAUUUUGCCAGUGACGUCCCGUCUAGAUGACAAACAGUAGCUUUGAAACUCCAUGAUUCAUGUCCGUACUCUCCCCAGGAUUCAUAUGAUCCUGCUGAUUGAAACAGUCCAGAGUCUGAAUUAUUUGUGUCUCAGCCUUGAGCUCAAGAACUUUGUUUCAGUGGCUUGUGUGAUAAGCUCUGUAUUUAUACUCUCCUGAGAUGAGAUUAUUUUUUUCCAUGCUCGAGUCCAUUGUUCAGUGUUUGCUAAUAUUGUCAAUCAAUGCUUCAAUCACUACCUCUAUAUCGCAAAAUAUUAAUGACCAAGUAUUAGAGCGUUGUUGUUACUUUCUCUGUGUUAUUUCAGACCUCCUAAGGUAAUAUUUUUAUUUACAUUUAGCAAUAAGCAGUGUAGAGAUGUGGAGCUGCAGCAGAUCCUUUAGUGAUUAUCACUGGUUUAGAGGAACCUUAAGAAGUUUUUUUGUGAGGGUCUCUGAGGGGAGGCGUUUUUCAAAUGAGGAGAACUGAACUGGUCCUCUAAGUACAGACCAGACACUGUGUGAUAAAGUGGAACAGGACAUGGUUUCCCAAAGCGUUUGUAGCCUCAAACUAUUCGUGAUCUUUGGCUUUAAAGGAAUAAUUUGACAUUUUGGAAAUACACUAACUUCCCUUUUUUGCUGUGGGUUAUGCUGUGUCUCAAUUUGGAUACUUCCGUCAGUAAACUUCAAUGUAGUCUACUGUGAUCACUGUACUUACUUGUGGAGUGCGUGAAUUUUAACAGUGUAGUAUUGUGUCAAAUCAAACACGCCUGUUAUGCGCUUACCGGAAAUGUCAACAUCUGACAUUUUCUUCUUCUUCUUCUGCUGCUGCUUCUUCUUCUGCUUCUUCUUCUUCUCCUUCUUCUUCUUCUUCUGCUUCUUCUUCUUCUGCAGUAGUCCCUCCCCUUCCACUAUGUGGCCAAGAUGGCGACCAUUAGGGUGAAAAGUGUCCAGCAUUCCACCCUUUUGACCGUUAUGAACAGGGUCUGACGUUAACAUUUUUCACUGCCUGCCACUGUGGUAUUUUUUAUGUCUGCCUCUCAAAAUUUUUUAUCUGCUACUUUUGCAAUUUAUGCGCUAAAAGAAUGAAAGAAUUUGAUAUCUUUUAGUGCAUAAUUUAAUGUAAAGAAUGAGCUUGUUAAAUGUUCGAUAUAUAUUUACACAAAAAACAUCACAUUCCAGUGUUUAAAUUACACCGUGGCUUUCGGAGAAGCCUUGUUUUUGGGGAAUGGAGAGUGGGAAUGUACUGUCUUCGUGCAUGCGCCCACCUAUGUGCAAAAGUAUAUUACAUUUCAAUUCAUACAGAGAAUAUUCAGCGUGGGAAACAGAAACUUCCACCACUGUAAUGUUUUUUUAAUCACUCGUCAUGGUUGGGAAGCACCUGUCUGCUCUGAGUGCUUCCAACGUCACUCUUUCUUUCUCGACUGCCACACACUGUGCUGAGCUACUCCCUCAGAUGAAAUUGAUGCAUGAGCUAGUGAAGUUAAUACAGUAACGGAUGGGUGUAUAGUUUUAUGCAAUCGUACGCUAACCUUACUAAAAGUGUCUUUUAUUGUGAAUUUUUCAUGUUUGCCAGGUACUCCCACUGCCAACAAUUGACUCACAUUUGGUGGGUGGCAGGUGCUAAUGUCAGACCCUGGUUAUGAACAAACCUUCCAGGUACCCAUAGUGCACUGCAUUUUGCCACACGUGUUAGGGUGCACUCAAAAUAGCAAGUUUAAGUAUGCAAGAACACAAAUUUGAGACACAGCAUUAGAUGAGAAGAUCGAUACCACUGUAAUGUCUGUAUAGUAAAUAUGAAGAUGGAGCCAGUGGUCAGUUAGCUUAGCGUAGCAUAAAAACUGGAAACAGAGGAAAACAGCUGGUCUAGCUUUGUCCAUGUCACAGCAGCUCUAAAACUGACCAGUUAACACGCUAAUCUCUUUUGUUUAACCUGUAUAAAAACCAAAACUUAUGGUUUUACCAACCUCUGAACCCAUCAACUAUUGGUCUGACUGCUGUAAGCCUCAGGGGGCGAGAGCCAAUAUUUCCGGUUGAUUCGUUGCAGCCAGCUGAUAUCCAAGCCAAGGGCUUAUUCUUCUUUGUGCUGGUCAUUUCAGUUAAUCUAUAUUACCAGAUAUCUGUAUGUGAACGCAGAUAAAUUUCAAAAGAGCUAAUAUAAAGCUAACUUGUUGUUAUAUGAUAGGCAAUGGGUUCCAUGAUUGCAUUUUAGCCAAUGGUCUCCAUCUGUCCACACAGACUGUUUACCAGCUGUUGAAUCAUGAUUGGUCAAUACUACUCGGACUACAAAUGGAAACCAGACUGCUUCUGAUACCAAAAUCUUGUCCUGUCACCUACAGAUACAAAUAAUGGUUUUAAGAGGAGUUAUGAGCCAAACUGUUUGACGGCUUUGAACUUUUGAAACCAGCAGAGACUCCAGCAAAUCACAACUCCUGGCAAAGUAUAGUCAAGCUGUGAAAAAGCAAAUUGUAGUUUUUAAAAAUUUUAUAGGGAUUUAACAACAAAUAUAACAUAUUAGUGAUCAUUAGAGGUGCUUGUAGGCAUAUUUUGUUAGUUUUGGACGGAACCAGGUGAGGUGUUUCCCCAUGUCCCCAGUCUACAUGCUAAGCUCAGUUAUCGACUGCUGGUCCAACCAUAUGUUUACUGCACAGAGAGUGGUUUCCAUCUUCUCCGCAUAUUCCCUAAAAUUUUAACUGUUCCUUUAAAUAUUUCUCACUCACUUUUGGCUUUUUUCUGCACAUUUUAUUUAUUUAUUUUUUCCAAUUUUUCCGCCUUCCUUUCUUGAUAAUGUUGCUUUUUGUGGACAAAUGUUUUGGGAAACCUAAAAGUCCCUGAACCUGAGUACAGAUUGCACUUGUGUUGGAGAUUGCAAAGCACAUACUGUACAGUAGUCCCCUGAGGGGCAAAAAAAAAACUGAUGGAGCACACAGAUUUAGAUUGAGAACUGACAUCAGCUUAUAAAGGCCUUCAGUUUGUACUUCUUGUGACCAAAUCUUAUUUUCUAAGUACAAAUUCUGAGCAACAAAAUCACCAAUAGUGAACUCCGUCAGAUAGCAUUAGAAUCUGCUGUUGCCUUCCAUCAUUUUAAAAUCACAACUCUUCAUGAUAUACAGCUAUGACAUAUUAAUAUCCUACUCAAAUACUCUGAUCAUGUGUCAGUAUCAACAUCAGUGUGCUUUGUAUCUGCACAGUCCACAUUGUACUGUAAAGGUAGCCCUGCUCUAGCCUCCAGUGUCUUAGCCUGUAGAGACCCCUUACUAAACUAUAUAACAUUUUAUAAUCUCUAAUAUGCCAUGACCUUGUGUAUGAUGUAGUGCAUACUUUAGAGAUGUAUGUAACAUGUUCAUUUUAUCUAUACUUUGCAAUGAACCUCUUCUCUGCAAAUACAUUGUACUACUGUAGCCUAUGUAUAAAGAAAACACUCUUUUUUUGCUGCUACACCAUUUGUGCCCUAUUAUGAUGUCUUUGUAGAAAACAAUGCAGUUUUAUGUUGUAUUAGUAUAUAAAUACCAAUUAAUCGAUUCAAUGUCCACAUAAAAGUGUAUACUGCAUCGUCAAAUAUAUCGAAAAUGAUACCAGGAUACUAUCGUGAUGUUACAGAUGUUAUUAAAGGAAAUGUCUUAUUUUUCAUAUAAA